CAGAGAGAUCCUUAUCACCCGAAUAGCUAGCUCAGCAAAGAAGUCAACUGGAUCGAACAAGGAGCUCUGGCAUAUUAAUCUAGCCAGCCUGUUGGCUACUGUAUAAGCUUGACACCGGACCUUGCAUCUGUGCAGUGGUUUAUAGGUACGUGUAAUGGGUGGUCUGGAGUCAAAGUUCAACGGGCUCCUCGUGGAGGGGAGGAAGGAAGAUGCCGAGGUCAUGUGGAAGGCGAACCCUGAUCUGCAGAGUAGGUUCAGACCCAACGCCCAGAUCAAGUUCAGUCCGACUAGGGACACACCCCUUCAUUGUACGACACGGCACGAGAUGCAGACACUCCUCGAGGUGUUCCUUGAUAAGGGGGGUAACCCCUUCGUUAGCAACAGUAGCGGGGACACCCCCCUUCACCUCGUAUGUACGUCGGCGAAAUUCAGCUCUAGAAGAUCGAAACGAAAAGCCGACCAACUUCAACUGCUUCUCAAUAAAAUGACGCCUGCAGAAAUCACUCAAAGUUUGAAGAAAGACGAGAGCAAGAAGAGUACUACUGAGAGUAGGUUUACGCAAAGUCUCUUAUGGUUUGGUGGAGUGGGCGGAGCUCGUGAUGGAAGUGAGGGGUGUGGUGCGGAGGCGGGCCUCGGAGUACAGAAUAAGGCUCGGAACACUCCGCUCCAUUUGGCAGCUGCUUCUGGUUUACUCGACUGUGUGGAGCUCCUCCUGGCUCACAACGCCCCCCUAUUUGUACAUAACGUGGCUGAACAGACACCGUGUGACGUGGCGUGGGAGGCAAAGCAACUGAUCAUUGCCAAGCAACUCGAGUCUAAAAUGGUGUUUGCUAAUGAUGAUAAAGGUGAAACAGCUAGUCGACCGAAAGAGAGAAUAAAGAUGGAUUCGUUUCAUGACUCCCGUGCGCUGCAGAUGCUCAAGAAGGAGAUUGUGGAGAAUGUGUCUAGAGAGCAUCAGAUACCCGAGUUCCCAGCACAAGCUUUGCUCAUGGCGUACGGUUGGUCGGAGGAGCUGGUGCGUGAAGCCUGGGAGAACGAUAGGGAGGGGGCGUGUGAGAAAGCCGGGAUCGAUGUUGACAUGACAACAGAGGGAGCAGUUAACGGAGAAGACAGCUACACGUCACUAUCAGUACACAGAUGUGGUAUUUGCGAUUAUGAGAUUCCACCGAUGGACCGAGUGAGAGUUCCUUGUGACCAUAACUUCUGUCAGGACUGCUGGACACUUUAUCUAGAGAGUCAGAUUAACGAAGGAGCUGGACGAGAGAUUCGUUGCCCUGGUUACCAGUGCUACAAAUUAGUCCCUGAGGAAGUAAUCAGCGAUAUGGUGUCAGCUGACCAGCUACAGAAAUACUCGGAUCUAAACCUCAAACAAUUUGUGGAAUCGUCAUCGGACAUUCGCUGGUGUCCGUUCCCAGACUGUGGUUACGCCAUAUGCAUCGGCGGGAAAGGAGAUGUGGCCAUACCCACUAAUGGUGGUGUGGUCAGUGACGAUGACUCCACCCCUGGACGCAACGUUGAGUGCGGUAGAGGUCAUGGUUUUUGUUGGCACUGUAUGAAGGAGCCACACGAGCCGACAUCAUGUGAGCUCUGGGAACGAUGGAAGGAGGUGGUCUCACGAAUGACAAACGAUGACGAGGCAAAGAAGGUAGCCUCACAGGCACAAGCAGACGCUCGCUGGAUCAUAAGAAAUACAAAGCCUUGCCCACACUGCAGAGCUCCAAUUCAGAAGAACGACGGAUGCAAUCACAUGACUUGUAAACAGUGUCGCCAUGAUUUCUGCUGGGUGUGUCUUGAUCCCUGGAGUCUUCAUAACCACAGAACUGGGGGAUACUUUACCUGUAACCGGUUCACUGCUCAGGAGAAGGCCAACACGACUGUGGAGAGGUCCAGAGGAGACAUGGAGGCUGCCUAUGUUAAGAAAGCUACAGAGGACCUUCAGUCGCACACUAAGAGAUUCCAGCAUUAUUAUGACAGAUACAACAAUCAUCUACACAGUCUGGAUAUUGAAAUGAAGUUGCUUCAAGAGUCGACUGGUAAGAUGAGAGAACUGGAAAGACUCGGACUGGCUCUCGACAAGAAAGUGGCUCGGGUCAAAGGUCAAUCUGAUGCCACCAUUGGGGUGAACUCUCCUCUCACUCCACAAAAGAAAAUCAGUGUUUUCACAACUGGAGAAGCAAAAAACUUUCUCGACGAUAUUUUCCGAAUUCUUCUGAGAGCGAGGAGAAUCCUGUCAGCCUCAUAUUGCAUUGGAUACUUCAUCCCUGAUACAGAUAAGGAGGCCCUGGGGGCACAUGAAGUAUUGCAGGGCAAACUAGAGGAAGCAGUGGAGGUUGUCUCGGAGAUGGUCAAUAGACAAUACCUCCAAACACCACGCUCUAAAAUGAACGAAGCCGCUGGAAAUGUCGACUACCUUUGCAGCGAAUAUCUCACCGAAAUGUCUGUGGUUGCGACAAUCGCCGAUCUGGCAGUAAAAGAAGCGGAAAAGCCUCCACCUCCGCGUGCCACCCCGCCCACUCCACGGGAGGACAGCCCGCCCCCUCGUAUGGGGGUGAUUCCCCUCGGCUUUGGACCAGACGUUCCCGACCAACCGGAUGGAGAGAGGCGCUUCCGUUUGAUUGGUCUAUUGAAUCCCGAUGGAACAUUGCAUAUUUUACGAGUACCAGAAGAGGAGUUUCAAUUUCUUAGGGCCCCAGCAGACUAAUUAGCGUUAUGUGAAUGUACUUGUGAACUACAUGUAUAUAAUAAUUAUGAGUAUUCUGUUCAACAAUUUAGCUGUGUGUGUGUAUGUAUAAACAUGUUAUUUUUCAUGUUGUUUGCACA